AUGGAGAAUCCAAACAAUGUGACUGAAUUUAUUCUUUUGGGAAUUACGAAAAAUUCAGAGCUGAGAAAAGUAUUCUCUGCUUUGUUUCUAGUCAUGUACAUGGCCACAGUGUUGGGAAAUGUACUCAUUGUAGUAACUAUAACCAAAAGUAACAGUCUGAGGUCACCCAUGUAUUUCUUCCUCACUUCUCUGUCCUUCAUGGAUGUCACCUAUUCAUCUGUCACUGCUCCCAAGUUAAUUGUGGAUGGCCUUUUUGACAGAAUGACCAUCUCCUUUGGAGGCUGCAUGAUUCAGCUCUUUGCUGACCAUUUUUUAGGUGGUGUAGGGAUCAUCCUUCUCAUUGUGAUGGCUUAUGACCGCUACGUAGCCAUCUGUAAGCCCUUACAUUACAUGACUAUAAUGACUCCUCGAGUGUGCUGCUUUAUGGUGGGAGGGGCUUGUGUAGGAGGAUCCGUGCAUGCAACUGUUCAGCUUCUCUUCAUGUAUCAAAUACCUUUCUGUGGGCCCAAUGUCAUUGACCAUUUUAUGUGUGACUUGUUUCCAUUGCUGCAACUAGCCUGCACAAACACACAGAUCCUGGGUUUCUUAGUCAUUCUCAACAGUGGGGUGAUGUGUGUGACCAUUUUUCUUAUUCUCAUCACUUCCUAUGUUCUCAUCCUCUGUUCUCUAAAGUCUUGCAGCUCUGAAGGAAGACAGAAAGCUCUCUCCACAUGUAGCUCUCACUUCACAGUGGUUGUGCUGUUCUUUGUACCUUGUAUCUUCUUGUAUAUGAGGCCUGUGGUCACUUAUCCCAUAGACAAGGCAAUGGCUCUGUGUGCUACCAUUGUUGAACCAAUGUUAAAUCCUUUGAUCUACAGUUUGAGGAAUGCAGAAGUGAAACAAGCUCUGAAGAAACUGUGGAUUAAACGGGGACUUUAA